UCUAGAUCUGCAGUUUUUGACCAUCCAUUGUAUACUGAUGUAGAGAAGAAUUUUUGGGGUCUGUCUUCGAUAAACGGCACAGUGUUUUGGUUACGAUAUCCACCUGACCCACCUCAUUGAGCGAAAGCCUUGGUGCACCGUUAUUUCAAGGCUUACCGUUACCCAAUCUUCUGAAGCCUAUCACUGGUGUAUCAUUACACGCUGGAGACUCAAUUUGUGAGACAAACCCUCAUGAUGGUUGUCCAGUGCAGUUCAGGUUGUGCUCACGCAGGCUGGUAUGCCGCCCUCUGUGUCCAUGUCGACUGGCUGCUGUGGACAGGACUCCUUAAAAGUCUCGGGGUCAUGCUGCCAACGCUUCAAGAGCAAUUCACAGCAGACACGUGGAUGAUUGGUGGAUUGAUAGCGACUAUUACUGCUGUUGGCAGUUUUGCAGGUCUGUUAUCGAAACUGCUGGAUGUAUUGUUUGGUACCCGCUUCGUGGUGACAGUCUGCGGAUUCCUCUUAGGGGCGUCUGUUAUCAUCUCGUCUUUCUCUACCAGCGCUUUUCAGAUUACGCUCGUCCUAUGCUUAAUCGCUGGGCCUGGUUUGGUGAUCCCCAGUAUUUUAUCGAGAGCCAUGACGGGCCGUUAUUUCACUACAAACUAUGCAACGGUGAAUGGGAUUGCGACCACAGGAGACUCAUUGGGCUUGAUCUUUGCUCCGUUGACUCAAGUGCUUUUAGACACCUACGGCUGGCGAGGUGCCUUGCUACUGCUUGGGGCUAUCAGCAUGCAUCUUGGUGUGUGUGGCUUCCUGCUGGGACCUCAGCCACCAUCUGCAGUGGCCCAGGACGACUAUCUGCUAAUAAACUCAAGUGAAGAGGAGCAACCAAAACCAAACAUCUAUGAUAACAAGACAAAAUCCCCACUCCGCAUCCUGAAGGACGCUGUUAAGGCUCAACGGGACCUUUUGGGCUGCACGGUAUGCGGCCACGCUGCAUUCUGGAUAGUGGCCCAUGUCUACGUCGUCCAUACCUUCGUCGCCACCCUGUGGCUGAUAUACUUCGUCCCUUAUGCCGAGUCGAAAGGUUUCUCUGGGUACGAGGCAGUGACAUUCACCACGGCCGCAGCGAUUGCGAACCUGGUUUCAAGGAUUCUUGUCGCGUCAAUGGUGGACCGAGGCUGGCUGAAGCUACGAUUGACCUUGCUAAUUUCAAUGAUUACUUGCGGCAUUGCUCUGUUCACCCUUCCCUGGGUGCAUUCCUAUUGGUUGAUGAUUGGCAACACUGUCAUCUCCCACAGCUGCUUUGGGGCAAGGGCGUCACUUUAUGACAUUUACACGCGGGAACUGGUGGGAGCCGAAGAACUGGUGUCCGCUUUCAGUUGGAUGGAUCUGCUGGUCGCUAUUAUUCAAAUCGCUUUAGGAUUCCUCCCUGGUUGGAUAUUCGACCAGACUGGAAGCUAUGAUACUGCUUUCAUCAUCUUGGGGUUAAUCUCCCUUUUGCCGUUGGUAUCACUGCUCGUGGAAAAUGUAAUCAACCAACGGAAGAGCUAAUGCCAUCAAUGAAUAAUCUCAAUACCAGCACACUGUCGUAGAAGUUGGUACCUUAAUACUUCUACACAAACACCCCUUGCACAAGGGGUUUGUGCAGAAACCCUGUCAGACCGCACGUAUCUACUCCUAACCACGUUCAAUUAACUCGGCAGGGGAGUUCAGACUCAGUGACUGCUGAAACCGCAGGGUAUGCUGAACACACUAUACAGUACAUGUGUUUAUGCAUGCUCACAGUGCACAUUGAUUAUGUCGGUGACCAGGAUGGUAUCAGAAGGCCGUUUCAACCUCUUCUCGUUUUAACCCUCCACUUUUCUGUCGGUUGUAAAAAAAAAAGUAAAUGCAUGAUGUUUCGUCAUGGGUGUGGACAGUUACUGUUAAAUAAAUUUUUGCCAACAUUUUCACCAGCUUGAUUGCCCCAACCUUGUUUAUCACAACUCAUCCUGUUUGUUUUCGUUUAGUUGUAUUUAUAAAUUUACAAACCGUGAUCACAGAAAUUUAUGAACAUUAUAAUGCCAACUUUAUUAGUUCCUUAUCUCAUUAUGUUGUAUACUUUAAGCUUCAACAAAAGCUUUUUCCUUUGUGGAAUUCGCUCACUUUGGAAAGGGUUACAGUUUGCGACAAUGAUCUAAGCUUCAUGACUGUCUUUCGUGUUAUUGAGUUCAGCUGGGAAAGACCUAUAGCGGAUCAAUGGGCAUAAUAAUUGUUUGAAAAUGUCAUUACUUUUGCAUGGACGACUGGAAUUACUGGUGUAAUAAUUUCGAUACGGAGCCCAUAAAUGGAUCAACACUCACAUUCUUUGAUCAAGAUCGAAGACGACGCAAAAAAAAAAAAGGUUGGAACCAUUUGACACUUUGAGAUCAAGGACUUGUUGCAAGGGAAAUGAUUUUUUUUUAUUUAGGCAAGGAGAACGCCAAAGACGAGCAAUAUUAAACAGCCUUUCUAAGUUUGUUGUUUGGAGGUAAUGCCCUCCGGAAUGAUAGCAGCGUUGCAGGGUCAGAAGACGUUAAACUAUGCUGUAAAAUCAAGAUGUAUACGUCUUCUUUCAUUUUCAAAUGAGCCAGAAGGUAGAGACUUUUAUAGCGACCACGAGACAGGCCUAUGAAUGAAGCCGAAAAUUACACUGAAAUGAAACUGAUCAGCUGGUCACCUCCAGACAGGAGAAGCACGUGAUGGUGAGCAGGCCGCAAGAGAAUUCCCUGGCAACAUUCCCCUGCUUGCAGAAAUAGAACAUAAUCCAGCCAUUCUUGACAGCUACAGAGUUCCAAGUUGGAAACGGUGCACUUCCACAUCACAUCAGAAAGCGAGGCGCAGAGAGGAAAAGCAACAAGUCAUUGCAUAAGACAGUUACAAGUAUUGAAAAAAAGAUGUAACAACCCAGAUCCCCGAAAUUUUGACUGCCGAUCCAGAGAAAUUGCCAAAAGAUUACAGCAGCAGAGGGAGAGUGUCAUGGGCAUUGCACGCGAUAUUAAUUUUGGUGAGAAAGAAUAUUUCUUUACGACGUAUGGCUUUGACUGUAGCCUGCAGAAAGGGGAAAUAAAUGAAAACGUGGCUGCUUGGAAUGGCCUUCACGAAAGGCGACAUAAUUUCUAUUUUGAAGAUGAUAGAAUCGAGAGAUGGAUUUUCUCUGUAUGAUGACAUUGUCCAGGUUAACUCUGCACGGCAUUUCCAUGUUUCCAUGGAAAUAAUGGAGCAUCUCCAACAACUAUUGCCUGGUUUCUUUGCUCCUAGAAGACAAACUGCCACUGUGAAAGUUGAGAUGAAUGCAGAGUUAGCUAUUCUUCAUCCUAAGCACAGAGGCAGUGUUGCAUCGUGUUUCAAACUUAUGUACUGAUUGGAGGUUUGAGUAUUGAGAGGACACGCUAGAACAGUUUUGUGUCGCAAAUAAAGAUAUGCUAAGCCUGUAAAACAACGCAGGAUAAUAAAAGCAUGCGUAUAAAUGGAAAAAUAUGCCAAGGGAUACGACCCGAUAUGCAUCGGUGAAUUCAAACAAUACUACUUAUUAAUUCCCCACUUGACUGAUCGUGUUCAUGUACGGUGGUAUUGUUUGAUAAUAAAUAAUAAAUUAAUAAAUAGGAGUGGGUUUCGGCUCGGUAAUUUAAAACCCACGCUUUCUUCAAUAGAAUCCCUUAGGCCUAUUUCGUGGGAUGGACUGUGUACAAACAUAAGGAUAACAAAAGAAAAAUGCUGAAAUUAAAAUUUCAAUGAAUGGAAACCGAAUAUCAGGAGUUGUACAAUAGGCAGGCUCUCAUACAUGUGAUGAAUGAGAGCUUGAGAUGUCAAAAUGUAACAAAUUUGAAUGCCAGUUUUAGUCUUAGUCCUUUGUAAUUACAGUCUUCAAUCGUCAUUGUAAGAUCCCAAUGGAGUGAUUUUCUUGCAGCUCUGUGAAUAAAAUAAGUCCCUUUUAAAUUAAAGCUUA